AUGUCUCUGCACUACCCAAUGGCUGUGGACACCAACAGAGGUCACAAGGUGACCAGUCACAUGAGCAAGCCAAGCACAGCUUACCACGGGAAGCCCAAGUUCAUAUGGGACAUGGUCCACGAGAUAUGUAGCUUUGCCCCAUGUGAGCAGCAUGCCAUGAGCUGCUCAUAUCUUAAAGGACAAGUGGACACUCCAGUUCUUCAAGAAAAAGGUGGGGACACACACCUGCUCCAAGAGGAAGAAAGAGGAGCAAAGCAAGGUCUGGGCACCACAAAGUCUGCCACUAAGAAGAACUGA